UGAGUCCGCUGACUCAGACAUCCAGCGAAGCUGCCACUGAUAACCUGACCUCACACAAGCUCCAGACUUGGACUGAAAGUUGACUGAGCUGCUUCACAAAGUGUUGGAGAGCAGGGAGGCUGCCUGGUCCGGGUCAAGGCUUGAGGUCACGAAGAAAGCAAGACAGAAGAAGGAAAAGUCCUUAUCGGAGUGCACUGGAAAAGAUGCAGGACGCAGGCUUCUUCACCCAAAAGAAAACAGUGGUAGCACUGUGCAUUGUGCUGGUCAUGCUGGCUCAACAGGUGUGUGCAGGUCCGCUGGUCUCACAGGUCCAGUCCAGCUCCGACCGUAGUGCAGAUUCGAGGGGGGAACAGACGGUCCACGUCCUGAGGAGGAUAGCUCGGAUGACGCCACUGUGGAGGAUCAUGAACAGUAAACCAUUUGGAGCAUACUGCCAAAACAACUACGAGUGCUCCACGGGACUCUGCAGGGCGGGACACUGCUCCAACAGCCACCGCUCCCCAUCAGAGCCUGUCAACUACUAGACGUCCGAGGACAAGACCAGCAUGUUUACAUGAGUGCACAACCGCAAUCCUGAUGGGUUCUGAUAACUGGGAUAUGUAUCCACUUUUUUUAAAUCAGAAUUUGUAUUUAUGCGUGCCAAUAUGAUGAUAUAUACAUACAUUUACGCAGCAGGUAGUUCUAUUGGAGAAAAGUCGGGUCAGGGGGGCGUCACUGCUCCCUCUGAUGCAUUUCAAAAGGCCAAAAUGAGACACAUUAGUUAAAGUAGAAGUCAGCAUGAGACGAUGGAGUAAAGUGUGAAAAUCAUCAAGAACGUGUAAAAUGGUUAAAACAACUGAACGCGCUUGCAUGGACCAAAGCUUUCAGCUCCGAUCUUGUCCCUCUCAGAGGCCGUCCAGCCCGUUGCUGUGGCCCUGAACUUAUCUCCACAGCCGAUAUCAUGGAGUCUGAUGUCUGCGAAGCUCGAUAAUGAGGUUUUAUUGACAGUCCAUUGUUUCACUGAUAUGUGACAAUGGAAAGUCUGAAAAAUUUGCUCAGAACAAAUUUUCUAAAUUUAGCUGUGUAACUUUGAGCACAAAAGUUUGGACGUGUACUGUGAUUUUUACAUUCUCUGGACUGAACCAGACCGAACUGGUCAGUUCAUGAGCGUUUCUAAGCAAUACGACUCUUUAUCUCUUGUAAUACUUUUCUAACAGAUAAUGGUGAGGGAGCAAGGAGCAGCUUGUGCCUUUCAGGAGAUCCUGACCUUUACAUUUUGACACAUGUCGUCAUCACCGUCUCGUGUCGUGCUUGAUAUCUUUCAAAGCCUUAUCAUUUCAUAUUUUACUGAUAAUGUGCCGCCUGGAAACACAUAUAGCAGCUGAUCACCCACAUCGUGACCUGUAUACAGACAUAUUGGGAACUAGCUGACAUCAACAACAAUAUAAAGACACAUUUUCACAGUCAAACUCUUGAUGUUUGGGAUUGUACCGAGCAAAAUGUGGCUUGCAAAAUAUACAGUGAUGUCAGAAAUGCUAAUUCACAAGCCUUACAAAACCCCAGCAGACAUGCUUCUACCAAAAAAAUGUACCAGUGUUCCAGUUAACAACGCAUCUGAACAUAUUUUAAUACUAAUUCUGACUCACGGGGUGAAAGUCAAAACGACAGACAGAGAAAAGUAAGAAGAAGGCAUAAAAGACGAGUGACAACGAAGGAGAAAGGAUAAGAAGAGCAGCAGGUUACAACAUAUUGAGUCCACAGUCAAGCUAGUGCCUUAAAGAUUUUAAUACCUUUAUGGGUUUUUUUUUUAGAUUUAUUCUUUUGAAAGUUAUAUUUAAAGUCCAAAUCAGACUUACCAUGAAUGGAGAUCACAGUAAACACGAUUCACAGCAUCUGUAAUGCAUUGAUUUUGUGUACUGCAGUGAUUCUCUGAUAUUUUAUUUAUUUUAUUCUUUGUUUAAAUGUUUAAAAUGUGCCCAUUUGCUUUUACUAUUUUUGGUUAAUGAUAUUUUAACGGUUUUGUUUUAGAAUAAUCAAUCACACGGACUGGUUUCUCAACUUUUCCACAUUUUCUCAGACGAUCUUAAAUCUGUAACGAUAAUAAUCCGGGUUUUAGACACAUGGGGCUGAGCGUACAAACGUUAGGAACAGAUUCCUAACGAGAAGCUGCACAGCCUUGUUUUUUGUUUUGCACAUCUGUGUCCUAGAAUUGAACUGAACUACAGAUUUCCUUUGACUCACCUGCACAGUUUACUUCAUGCACACAGCAGGUGGCUGCUGACAUUUUGUUCACUCAACAUGUCGAAGAAAUGUUUGAGUAGGAUUGCACUUUGAAAACCAAAUUAUCUUUGUACUGUGUACUGCUUACUGUACUGUGUUACUUACAUGUAGAGAGCUGGAGAAAACGUGGAAUAAACGCAUUGGAAACAACA